AUGACUGAUCUAUUAAACAUCCUGAGAGUGAGUUGCAUUGGCUACGAUUUAGCCUGCUUUAUUAUCCGCGCAACGACCAGUCAAUUAUAAUCCACCCAGUGCUAGUGCCCAAACGUGUGUGCGCGUGUACUUUAUCGGCGAGCCUCGUUCUCGCCACGAAACUGGCCUGAGAGGAAACUGUGCAGCGUCAGAGCCGUGCAUCAACACUCCCUCAUUCCCAAACUGGACGGUGCAAAAGGUCUCCCCUGAACUCCAACAGCCGCAGCGGCUGUCAACGUUUUCAAAUUGGGGUUCGGUCCAAUAUGGCGACAGACGGAUGGAAAUACUGAUGACAGUCCGAAAGAUCGCCUCGAUUUGUACGAUGGGCGCCAAUGCCUCAGCUUUGGAGAAGGAGAUCGGACCGGAACAGUUUCCAGUUAAUGAACACUACUUUGGAUUGGUCAACUUUGGGAACACCUGCUACUGUAACUCGGUGCUGCAAGCCCUCUACUUCUGCCGUCCUUUUAGGGAGAAGGUCUUGGCCUACAAGGUCCAGCCCAGACGUAAAGAGUCCCUGCUCACCUGUCUGUCUGACCUCUUCAACAGCAUCGCUACACAAAAGAAGAAGGUCGGCGUCAUCCCUCCCAAGAAGUUCAUCUCCCGUCUGAGGAAGGAGAAUGAGCUGUUUGACAACUACAUGCAGCAAGAUGCCCAUGAGUUCCUCAACUACCUCCUCAACACUAUCGCUGACCUGCUCCAGGAGGAGAAGGGCCAGGAGCGACAGCAGAACGGAAAACUGGUACAGAACGGAGGAGGUGGGGGGAGCAGCGGGACAGGAGGAGGAGAGGAAGGGGAGAAGAUACAGCAGACCUGGGUCCAUGAGAUCUUCCAGGGAACCCUGACCAACGAGACGCGUUGCCUCAACUGUGAAGCUGUGAGCAGUAAAGAUGAGGACUUCCUGGACCUGUCUGUCGACGUGGAGCAGAACACCUCCAUCACGCACUGUCUUAGGGGUUUCAGCAACACCGAGACACUAUGUAGUGAAUACAAGUACUACUGUGAACAGUGUCGGAGUAAACAGGAGGCACAGAAAAGGAUGCGUGUUAAGAAGCUCCCUAUGAUCCUGGCGUUACACCUGAAGAGGUUUAAAUACAUGGACCAGUUGCAUCGCUACACCAAGUUGUCCUAUCGCGUCGUCUUCCCCCUGGAGCUCCGCCUCUUCAACACCUCAGGAGACGCCACCAACCCCGACCGCAUGUACGACCUGGUCGCCGUGGUCGUCCACUGUGGAAGUGGUCCAAACCGUGGUCAUUACAUCACCAUAGUGAAGAGUCAUGGAUUCUGGCUCUUGUUUGAUGACGACAUAGUAGAGAAAAUCGAUGCCCAGGCGAUCGAGGAGUUCUACGGUCUAACGUCUGACAUUUCUAAGAACUCUGAGUCAGGUUACAUCCUAUUCUACCAGUCCCGGGACUGAACCAGCAAAUGGCAGCGGCCCAAGGCUGAAACGGGCCAUUGGGAUUGGGACUCAGCAUAGAGGGGAGGGGCUUGGGCAGCCACAGGCCCUGCCUAGCCCACCACCUGUUUUUUAAAUAUUCAGGCUUUACAGCGGGAGCUGUGGAGCGCCGAGCGGAUGCUUGGAGGAGGAUCUUCAGCAGACACGAGCCAACGAUGCCCGAGCAACUGAUCAGUUGAUAUGACAUCGUAGAACGAAGAGCAGGUACCGGGGAUUAUGUUUCGUCAUCCCCCCCCCCCUCUCUCUCCUCCUUUUCAUCAUCGUCUUUUUUUGGGGUUUGACAGCAGAUUAGCAAUAUAUGCUGUGUUAGCUUGGCUAGCUCUCUGCUUACACGGUGUGCCGUUACUGAUGUGGCACCAUUACUGGUGUGUCAUCAAUUAUUGGUGUCGUUGUCAUAUUUAGUGCCACUCAGAGGGGCUGAACAGGAUUUGGGAUUGAUGAAAAGUGGAGCUGCCAUUUCCUGAAUGUUCUCAAUACUUUGUUGCCAGUUGUUGUUGUUAGUUUGGAGAAUGGGGUGGAGAGUUGCGUUUGGUCCCUUUGCAGCUCACCGGGCCAGAUCUGGCAGUGCUUUAUUAUAUCAUGGUUCAGAUGCUGAAAGCUGCACAUCUAUAUUACCAUCUGUUUUAAAGGGACACACAUAUAUGCUCUCUAACUUCCCCCUCUGGCUACAACAGCAAACUACACCACCAACUACAAAUAACCUGCCAACCAGAUGUUUAUCUUAUAUCCGUCUCCUAAGCAAGCAAGUAUCUCAUUGGUAUCAAUGGCUGUGCUUCAAAUGACAGCAUAUUCCCUAUGUACUGCAGUCUAUAAGUAGAGCACUAUAUAUGGAGUAGGCUGUCAUUUGGGACAUAGCCCAGCCAUCCUCUUUGUCGUCUUUAACGCUUUAUAAACCUGAUUGGCUGCUGCAACAUUAAGCUCCUCUUCCUGUCACCUGAUAUGAACCUUCCAAUCAGAGCCUGAAGUAUACAAGCGUUUCCUGUUCAUUUUUUGGACCGUACAAGUAAACCAAACAUAGCGGUUGUUUGGUUUAUAAUAUUAAGUAUGUGCUACACUGCCAGUUGGGGUAAUAAACUUAACUUCACUCUUUUUAAAAGGCUUUGUCCCAAUAUCUAUUCUAGCACAAUACCAAGUAUGCAGUCCCAAUACAUUCUAAGUAAUACGCUGGUGUAGGUAUUGGAACAGUGCCUGUACUCUCAACAGAAAGAUACAUUGAUUAAGGCCCACUAUUUAUAAAACGUCUGAGCAGGAGUGCUGACCUAGGAUCAGUUUAGCCUUUUAAAUCUGAUCCUAGAUCAGCACUCCUACUCUGAGAAGCUUUAUGAAUAAAGGCCCUGAUCCAUAGCUCUGACAUGGGAGGUGUUUAUGUUAGCUAGGCCCAGAGUGGGACCUGUAUUAAGUUGAAUGUAAGACUGUCUGCCGUUUUGAAAUAUACAGUACGAAACUGGCUGCUUAUUGGUUGGCCCAUACUUAGGGCCAGUUUUUACCAAUCCUGGCCAGUAGUAGAUAUAUUAAUAAUGGCACCCGAUUCUCUAACACACUGUGCUAUUUUUGACCAGGUCUCCUAGGGAUUCAGCUGUAGUCUAUGACUAGGGCCCAGAGUUUUUUCUUAAAUCUCAAACACACCCCACCAGUUGGAGACCUAGGCACCCUAUUCACUACAUAGUGCACUACCUUUGUCCAGAGCCCUAGUGGGUAUAGAGUGCCAUCUUGUGUUUUUAGGCUAUACUCUGCAACCAUAUAUUAAUUCAUAUUUUAAAGCAUAAACCAUUCCUUUAUGUGUACUGAAAUCUAACUAAGACAUGCUGCUUGUUUUUAGGGUUAACUAAUUAUGAAUAUGAGGUUGACAUUGGUGAAGGACUAAAACGAAACCUUUUUACGUUGUGUAUAGAGUUGCAAAACUCCGGUAACUUCCCCAAAAUUCCAAGGUCUUCCGGAAAAUCCCGUCUGGAGGAUUCGCAGAAAUCAAGAAGGAAUAAGCUGGAAAUCUGGAGAUCCUAGGAAUUUGUGGAAAAUUACCGGAGUUUUGCAAACCCUAACUAAACAGAUAUUGAAGGGCAAUUCAACCACGUUUUCAUUAUCUUCAGCACAAUACCAUUGUUUACCUAUGUGAAAAAUGCGCAUUUCUACGUUUUGUAGGAAAAAAUAUAAAGUUAAGUUCUACCCAAUGACAUCAUUAAAAGUUAAAACGGUGAUUUCCUAACUCUUGAGAUUUGCAGUGAAGUGGGGAGCAAGAAAAUACCCUCCCUCUGGCAAAUCAAAAUAUUUGUAACAUGCUUGUUUUCCAACAAUACAGAGAGGAGAAAAAGGAGAACCUGAUAGAAAAAUAAUAACAUGAGGAAUAAAUACACAAUGAGUAACGAUAACUUGGUACCAGUACCGAGGCCAGAAAGUCUUUGCAGGUUUUGAGAAAAAUAAAAAAUGUUGUACUUUAAUCCUACCCUGUGCUAUCACAGAGAAGCGUUCCCCCCCCCUUGUCUUUUUAACCAGAGAUCAUGGAAAUGUGCUGUUUUUUGCAUAUGUUGACACUGUUAUGAUGUUGGAGAUAUGAGGUUGAAAAGUGGAGGAAUUGCCCUUUUAAUGUUAGAUUGUGUGACUUGCUACUCUACUUAGAACGUGUUUGGAUUGUGGGAGAGCUAAACGCAUUAAUGAUUGAACUUUGGCUAUUACGAUCUAGAGUAUUUACCUAGUACACUCUUCUAGCCUCUAGGGUUCACGCUCACUGGCUGAGUCCCAAAUGGAACCCUGUAUCUUUUGUAGUGCACUACUUUUCACCAGAGCCCAUAGGGAAUAGGGUGCCAUUUGGGACGCACACUCUGUCUACCCUGUCUGUCUGCGUCUCUGUACUCCCUAACCUUUGGUGUGUGUGUAGUAGGUGAGUGAAGUGAGGCGUGGCAUACCAGAGGUGUGUGUGUGUAUAUAUAUAUAUAUAUAUAAACAGUGGUUUGACCCCUUUUUUAAUUCGGUUUGUUUGGGGUUGCUGCUGACAGUGCAGCUUGCGCACACACACACAGCCAAUUCUCACGCUUUGGUUGACUUGUGUUUGAAGUGAGUGAUCGCGAGCACACGCCGCAGGACACAGUACAGAGAAACAGGAAAUGGUGUUUAGAUCUAGCAGCUUUCUAUGUAACUAACAAACUACACUGGUCUGCAAUGCGUCCCGUUUUGCUUCCUGGGUGCGUUAUCAAUAGUCUUAACGUGGCUUCCUCGCCUUGUCUCCUUUCCUUCAUCUGCAGUGACGUGUAAAACCUGGGUAGGGGACAGCAACAUUUUCUAUCCAUUUCUAGGUAUUUAGGUUAACCAGUCCAGUUCUUUUCACCUAAGUGUAGAUCAUUGGUAGUUACUAAUAUUUCAGAGGGAGACACUUUAGUAAAACAAAAUCACUGGGCGAGCCACAUAUCCAUCAGAGAAUGGGGGUAGGGGGUGGUCACAAAGUCAAAUUGUACAUUAUAUUAAAUUGAUCUAUACAUGAUAUUUAAGAUACUAUUAACAGACCAAUCUAUUUGAUUCUCGAUUUUUGGACACUUGGGAGGUAUCAGAAACAAAUGCAUCAGGAAGGUAUUGGAAAGUUCAGGGAUGAUCAUCAAACAAUGCUAUAAGAUCAUUUGUGGAGAAUCAAUUCAUUUCCCUCAAUUAUUCUGUGCAGAUUCAUCACUCUCCCUUCUAACAAGCCCUGCACAGCUUUGUAGGCGGUAAUCACUCUAACCGUUCAAAAUCGACAGCAAAAUUUGUAGGAACAACAAUUUCACGAUGCGCUAGAAACUAUUUUUGCUGCUCUGUAUGUCCCAGCCGCUAAUAAGGUUGUUCACGUAACCAAUGACUAUGACUGGUUUAGGUGAAGGAAAGGACAUGAGGAUAGGUGAUGGAGAGGAGGCUGUUCUUUUUCUUCUAAAGAAAUUCUGUUUAAGUACUGACACGUACCUGUGUGUCCCAAAUGGCACCCCAUUCCCUAUGUGUUGUACUACAUAGGGAAAAGGGCACAAUUUGGGACGCAUACACCACCAUACUUCCAUAAACUUGAUGAGGGGUAGUGAUGGUUUAGAAGACACGGGUGGGAACAACACAAAUUAAAACUAGGGUCUGAAGUUAUUUUUUUAUUUUAAGUAUAAUUAUUAACUUUCCUAGAUGUUCACUUUUUUUAUAUAUAUUUUACUAAUUUAGACCUACCAUUCUUGUGUAGGCAGCUGCGAUGAAUGGGGUUGUGAUUUAUUUUGGGUUAUAUUUGAGAGAAUGUUUGUGUCCCAAAUGUCACCCUAUUCCCUAUGUAGUGCACUACUUUUGACCAGGGCCCAUGGGGCUGUCAAAAGUAGUGCCCUAUAUAGGGAAUAGGGUGCUGUUCAAAAGUAGUGCACUACAUAGGUAAUAGGGUGUCAUUUGGGAUGGAGACAUUGCAAAUGUGUAAAUAUAAAGAUGUUGUUAUUGGAGUAUAAUUAAUUAAUUAAUGAAUUGCUUGCUUGAAAUAAGAGGUCUAUACGAUUGAUCAUAUUCAUUUACGACCAGGAAGUUUUUCCUGAUCAAGAAAAAUCCCUGGUCUUAGAAACAUUACCUGGGGUGGUAAUUUCAUUUCAAUCCCAGUCAACUAAACUUGCCAUGGGGGAUUUGUCCACAAGAUGUCCAUUUCACUUCUUUUAACUCGCCAAGAAUGUAAUAGGAAUUGAACCCGGCACUGCUCUUAUGUGUAAAGUGAUUUAAGUUGAAGUGCACUUUGAGAAGGGGAGGAGUGUUUAUUGGGGUGCAGAGUGAGAUGUCGCGGCCCGGAUGCAGUGAAAAAUUGUAUGUUUGGGAAAAAGAAUGUUUUGGUCUCAACUUUCUCCAAUAAAUAACUGGUUUAAAGGAAAAA